AUGAUGACCAACUGCAGGCGUGAGUACAGAUGCGUGAAGUGCGGCGAACCCCACCCCACCUCAACAUGCCCGAAACCAAGGCACACCGACGCCACGUGUGCCAACUGUAAAGGUAAACAUCCAGCCAACUUCAGAGGAUGCCCCAAAACCCCGAAACUGCCAACCACAGCAGCAACAAAACCCACCACCAAACCAGCCCAAAAACCAAGGACUCGACAGGCAACUGCAGCAUCCACCACAAUCCCAGGUAAGUCGUAUGCUAACGCAACUUCUUCCACAGCACAGGCGAAGAAGAGAACUUCUCCCCCAGCUCAACCCACCCCCCCAGGUAUUCCCCAGGAACACCUAGCGUUCAUGCAGCAGUCAAUGCAGCAAGCUAUGGCCCAAGCCAUGCAGAUCCUAAUGCAGCAAACAGCAGCAUUCCUACAAACGUCCGUGCCGGUCACCGAUGGAAGGUCAUGA